UGGGUCUUCCAUCUAAAUCUGUCAAAUCCCAAAAUCCUUCGGCCCUUCGCAUUUCUAGGCUACCCAGGAUCCGAAAAUCUCUCUCUCUCUCUCUCUCUCUCUGAAAAAACAACAGAGCAAUUUUCGGUUUUCUCCUCUCCUCUCUUUCAUUAUAUCUUCCUGAAUUUUUUCUCACCCUUUGGCUAAAAAAAGAAAAAAAAGGAAAAAAAGUCAGUAAAAAAGGAAAAGUUUUCCAAUCCCAAAAAGCCGUCGAACUCUUCGGCCCGAAUUCCUCUUUGCCAAGGCUUAAUGCAUCGAAAACUGCAGUCUCAAGGAGUGGCAAAUUACGGGAAUCGAGCAGUAACCUCUGUUGGAAGAGGGGACUGUGGAGAAGUAUGGGCUGCAUUUGUUCAAAAGGCGGCACUGCUGACGAGUUUGUUGGAAGUCGGAGAGAGAAGGUAUUGGGCAAGUCGUCAAGACGGUUGUCCGCUCCCUCAAGGAGAGAGGAGGUUGUAGUGGAGGCCGAUGGAAGUAACAGGAAUGAUGGAACAGUGAGGUUGAUAUCGAAGUCACAAGAGAAUGUGGGUCUGACACCACUUUCAUCAGAUGAGGGGGAGAAGAAUGCGGCGGUUAUUGAGAGGCUAAGGAAAACCAGCCAUCAACUACGGACGGCCACAGAUACUGUGACUAAUGAAGUGGAGCCCAAUUUGAGAAUUACCACUGUGCCCAAUGGUGUUCAGGGUGAACAGGUUGCUGCUGGGUGGCCGUCUUGGCUCACAGCGGUGGCAGGUGAAGCGAUCAAGGGAUGGGUGCCUCGUCGGGCGGAUUCAUUUGAGAAAUUAGACAAAAUUGGACAAGGAACUUAUAGUAAUGUAUACAAGGCUCGCGAUCUUGAAACUGGCAAAAUUGUUGCGCUGAAGAAAGUGCGGUUCGUUAAUAUGGAUCCUGAGAGUGUCCGUUUUAUGGCAAGAGAGAUUCAUGUUCUGCGUAGACUAGAUCACCCAAAUGUUGUGAAGCUCGAAGGUUUGAUAGCACCCCGUAUGUCAAACAGCUUGUACCUUGUAUUUGAAUAUAUGGAACAUGAUCUUGCUGGACUUGCAGCAACUCCCGGUCUCAAGUUUACCGAACCACAGAUCAAGUGCUAUAUGCAACAAUUGCUUCGUGGCCUUGAACACUGCCAUAGUCGUGGGGUUCUGCAUCGAGAUAUCAAGGGAUCAAAUCUUCUGAUUGACAACAAUGGCAUUCUCCGGAUUGCAGAUUUUGGCCUGGCCACAUUUUUCCAUCCUGAUCAGAAACAGCCGCUGACAAGCCGAGUCGUAACAUUGUGGUAUCGACCUCCCGAGCUUUUGCUAGGUGCCACAGAGUAUGGGGUUGCAGUUGACCUGUGGAGUACUGGUUGCAUCCUAGCAGAAUUGCUUGCUGGGAAACCAAUCAUGCCAGGAAGAACAGAGGUGGAGCAAUUGCACAAGAUCUUUAAGCUUUGCGGUUCACCAUCCGAGGAUUACUGGAGGACAUCAAAAUUGCCACAUGCAACCAUUUUUAAACCUCAACACCCUUACAAGCGUUGUGUUGCAGAGAUGUUCAAGGAUUUUGCUCCCUCAGCCUUAGCUCUAAUGGAUGUCCUUCUUGCAAUAGAACCUGCGCAUCGCGGAACAGCAGCUUCUGCCCUUAAGAGCAAGUUCUUCACGACACAACCUCUUGCCUGCGAUCCUUCAAGUUUGCCUAAAUAUCCACCAAGCAAGGAGUUUGAUGCUAAGCUUAGGGAAGAGGAAGCUAGAAGGCAAAGAACAGCAUCUGUGAAAGAGCAUGGAUCUGAAUCCAUCAGAAAAGAGCCAAGAGAAUCCAAAGCAAUCCCAGCCCCAGAUGCCAAUGCUGAACUGCAGUCGUCAUUGCAGAAGCGACAGACACAAUCAAAUCAUAAAAGCAGCAGUGAGAAAUUCAAUCCUCAAGAGGAUUGUGGGUCUGGUUUUUCCAUUCAUCCCCCCAGUGGAACUUCUCAGAAUGGUUUUUCUCAUUCUGGCCGGUUUCUGCAACCUGGUACAUUUGGCUCCUUGUGGAAGAAGAAGGCGAAGGAUGACGAGAUUCUGACAGCUCCUGGCCAGGCAUUCAGCUCUUCAAGGGCUUCUAAUGGCUCAGAUUCAAAAACGCAGGGAUCUUACAUGCCCCAAGGGGCUCCUAACUUGUCAAACUUAUCUGGUUUGGUGGCAGCAAGAAGUACUAAUCACAGGGAGAGGAGCACGCAUCCACACUGGCCAGAGCAGAGAUCAAAUGGGAGAUGCAAUCAGAUGGAUGAUGCUGAGGCCUCUGGAAAGCAGGAAUGGACCCACCAUUUGCUGGAUAGGGCAUCCUCCUCUCAUAAGAAGGGUGAAAGAACAAGCGGCAAGGAAUCUACUGUGGGUUAUGGUGGCAAGAAGAACAGAAUCCACUACUCUGGGCCAUUGUUGCCUCCAAGCGGAAACUUAGACGAAAUGCUCAAAGAGCACGAGAGGCAGAUCCAACAAGCUGUACGCAAAGCACGCCAUGACAAGACGAAGCCCAAGAAAAGCCACGCUGAGAAAACCCAAUUCGAGGCGCUGCUUUACCCUGGGAGAAAUGGCGGUACAGAUGUCUAAGGUGCGAGUAGCUUGCUACACCAGCUAAAUGCUCCGAAAGCCGAGAGGGGUAACAAAGAAGACGUUCACCAUUUCGCUUUGUGCUUUUGGGCUUUGGUCUCUCAUUAAAGGAGGGGAGGAACUAACACCAGGGAGAGCUUCUUUGGGGUGUGGAAUCAUUUGGGAAGGCAGGACCUGGGAUCACCAAGAUAUAUACAUUAGAGGAACGGAUGUCGAUUUUGGGAAAGCUUGCGGUGAUUCGGAAAUCACCUCCGAUGAAGCCGUAAUCUGACUUUGAGGUGAGAAGUAAUAAAGAAAAAAGAAAGGAGGAGAAGAAAAGAAAAGAACAUGGCCUCUAACUCUGUAUCUUGGAUCUCCGAUGGCUUUAGCGAGGAUGAGACAGUGGGCCUCAAUGGCUUCAUCGGGUCAAUGUGUAUUUGGGCUGAGACAGGGAUUCAUUUUUGGGAAGCUGAAAGGGGAUGGGCAAGGCCCUUGGAUUCUUUGGGUGGUGGCUAGUUAAUAUAGAUUAUAUGUGUUCCAAGAGCAAUGCCCCUUUUACUGACAGAGAUGAAUCUAUUUAAAACUAAAGUUGAUCA